AUGAUGAUUGCCAUGUCGUUGCUACCUAAAUGUAUUCAUCUACAUAUAAAAUUAUCAGAUGAUAUAACAUUUGAAUACAUCGAAUAUUUAUUAAAGCAAACACCUAAUUUAAAAAAAUUAUUCGUGUGGAGUUGGCAUCAUUUACUUCAUGCUAAGAAGUGGGAAUCUUUACUAUCCAUGUACUGCACGAAGUUGAUAAAUUUUCAAUUAAUAUGUACUGGACCAAUUUAUGAUGAUAAUUUUAAUCAAGCAAUAGAUGAUUUCCAACAAAUAUGUCAUGCAACAUCAUUUUGGUUCGAACGAGAUGUUACAAUUUCAGAUAAUGAAGAUUUGUCGGCUCAUGAUUAUUGUGCUGACGUUAGUGUUCAAUUUAAUAUUAAAAACAAAAUGAGUUUAAUACAAAAUGUUCAUUGUUAG